UGUGGUCCUCUGACAGAUCCUGGUGUCGGUUUGGACGAGCGACCUGAUGGGGAAACGAUGGAGUCUGAGCUGAAUGUCACGUCGAAAUAAAGAAUCUCCAGAUUAUCAUCAGGUCUGUGUGUUUCCUGAACAGGUGAGCAGGAUUGAAGAAGCAGCACCAUGUUGGCCAGAAAGGGUCUUCUGCCCGACGGCUUCCUGCUGACGCGGUUGGCAGAGGACCAGAACCACCCGAACCGGAGCCGGUCCAGAUCACAGCGAGCCCGCUUUAUCACCAAGACUGGAUCCUGCAAUGUGGCUCACAAGAACAUCAGGGAGCAGGGUCGGUUCCUGCAGGAUGUUUUCACCACCAUGGUGGACCUGAAGUGGCAGCACUCCUUCCUCAUCUUCACCUCAGCCUUCCUCUGCUCCUGGAUGCUCUUUGCCAUGAUCUGGUGGCUCGUGGCCUUCGCCCACGGAGACCUGGAGCCUCGAGACCCGAACGGCGAACCAGGCCCCGUCCCCUGCGUCACUGCCAUCCACUCCUUCACCUCAGCCUUCCUCUUCUCCAUUGAAGUCCAGGUGACCAUCGGUUUCGGCGGUAGGAUGGUGACGGAGGAGUGUCCUCUGGCCAUCACCGUGUUGAUUAUCCAGAAUAUUCUGGGGCUGAUCAUCAAUGCGGUGAUGCUGGGCUGUGUCUUCAUGAAGACGGCACAAGCUAACCGCCGAGCAGAGACGCUCAUCUUUUCCAGAAAUGCUGUCAUCGCUCCUCGCAACGGUCGACCGACAUUCAUGUUCAGAGUCGGAGAUCUGAGGAAAAGUAUGAUCAUCUCUGCAACUAUUCAGCUGCAGGUGAUCCGGCGGACGGUGACAGCAGAGGGUGAGGUCAUCCCGGUGUCCCAGCUGGACAUCCAGGUGGAGAACCCUCUGAGGAGUAACGGCAUUUUCCUGGUGUCUCCUCUGAUCAUCAGCCACACCAUGGAGAGAGGGAGUCCUCUGUAUGAGCUGUCUGCCCAGUCACUCGCCACUGACGACCUGGAGAUCAUUGUCAUCCUUGAAGGUGUGGUGGAAACAACAGGGAUCACCAUGCAGGCCCGUACCUCCUACAUUCCUGAGGAGAUCCUGUGGGGGAGGCGCUUCGUCUCCAUCAUAACAGAGGAGGACGGACGUUACUGUGUGGACUACUCAAAGUUCGGGAACACAGUUCCUAUACGGAUGUCAUCUCUUAGUGCCAAAGAGCUGGACCAGACCAGAGGAGUCCAGGACAACGGGUCUGAGCCCCAGCUGCAGGGCUGGGGUUUGGUCCGCGCCGGCAGAGGAGGCUUCCGCAGAGGAGGCCGGACAUGCGACAGCUCCACCUCCCAGCCCUGGUACACCCCAUUAGAGAAACCAGAGAAAGAAGUGGAGCAAAAAGGACAGAAGAAGAAGGUGCAGCUGGAGGUGAUCGGACGACAGAUUGAAGAUGACGGACUCGGAGAGAUGAGUGAAUGAAAACAGGGAUAAGAUUUCAGCUGGACUUCAGUGACUUGAUGAUUGAUUAGUGACUGAUUUGAUGAAAAAGUCAUAUUGUUUUGGGUGAAUCUAGAGUAGAGAGGUCAUAUUUAGUUUUUUGAUUCACUGGAAUCUGUUUCACCUGAUCUAAACACCUGAUGAUGUGACCAUACACUGCAUAAGCAUCACUGCCUAAACAAACAAUAGUUAUUCAUUCCUUUAGAAAUAAUACAGAUAACAAGCACAUUAUACACAAACAGUGAACAGGUUUUCACGUUCACACAUGUAUAUUUUUCUUUACUUAAACUAUAGCCAUUUGCAAAUCUAUAAUUGCACAGGACCACGUUGUCAUUAUGAUUGCGUUUUGUGCAGAUUUAGUGUUGACUUUUAGUUACAUUAUGGUAAUCUUCUUUCUUAUACAUAAUGUCAGUCAUCCAGUGUUUAUAUAGUUAGAUGUGUUAUAGUUUCAGGUGUCUGUCUACAGUAUCACUGCCAGUCAGAGGUUUUAUUGAAAUUUAAGCAGUUCAGUUUUACCAGUAACUGAAAACUCAGUUUCACAGUUAAACACAAGAGGGCAGAAACAUUCCUCAACAAGCUGUCAGAAAUGUUAUGGGAGUACACCAUGUACUUCCUUGCAUAUUGUGUGAAUUUCAUCAGUAUAUUGCUGUCUUGUCUGUCUUGCACUUACUGGAAAAUAACAAUUGCAAUAAUAUUUGCCAGGUAGUUGUUGCAGAAAGUGAACCAGUAUGCACAAAGCAGAAGCCUGCACCUACAUGCAAUGUGACAAGUGUAAAUGAAUUUAAUAUCACCAAUGACAGGUCCAGGGUGGGUAUGUUGGUUGGUGGCUAGGAUAGUCUCCGACACACCUGUGACCCUCUUGACGAUUAAGCAGUUUGGAAAAUGAAUGAAUGUUCAUUUUCUGUCAAAAUAAGUCAAAAUAUUUGCUGUGAAAAAGGUGAAUGAAACCAUGAAAAUGAGUGCAACCAAUUCUUGUGUAAAUCUCAAAGUCCCUAUCUGUUUAAAAGCAAUAUUUGGACAAUAUUGCACUAUAGAUAGUAGUAUGGUGGGACAAAGGCUGUUAUCAGGAAUACAAACAUUAUUAUAAUCCUUAGAUUUGUAUGUCUUUUCUAUACAUGUUAUAUAGUGUUUUUCUGUUCGUGUUUGUCUAUAGUUUGUGUAUGUAUUGUGUGUCGUCACUUGAAUGUUACGGUAAAUUGUUUCAACAGUUAUAGCUCAUAAUACUCAACUGCCACCUCUGCUGCUGUCUUUAGGAAAUCAUCUUUAUAAAGUCUUCUUCUAAAUAUAUAAGCUGUUAUUUAUGAUGUUUAAUAAAUCAGCAUUUUGUA